AUGGCACAGCAGCCAACCGAUAACACCAGCAAGAACACAGCACAGCACAGCAGAACACAAGCAAGAACACAGCAAAAACACAGCAAACACAGCAGAAACAGCAAAACACAGCAAGAACACAGCAAAACACGCAAGAACACAGCAAACACAGCAAGAAACACAGCAAAACACAGCGAGAACACAGCAAAACACAGCACAGCCAAAAACACAGCAGAACACAGCAAAACACACAGCCACAGCAAAACACAGCAAGAACCACAGCAAGAACACACAAAAACACAGCAAGAACACAGCAAAAACAAAGCAAAGAACACAGCCAAAACACAGCAAGAACACAGCAAAACACAGCAAGAAACACAGCAAACACAGCAAGAAACACAGCAAGAAACACAGCAACACCAAAACACAGCAAGAACACAGCAAAAACAGCACACAGCAAAACACAGCAAGAACACAGCAAAACACAGCAAAACACACAACGCAACAGGGACCACAUUCCCUCCCACGUGCGCCGGUGGUGUGGUGUGCUGUGGUGUUGCGCCUCUCGAGUUACAGUGUCGAUACAGUGUCCUGCAACGAGCUAUAUUUAACGCGGUGUUGUGCAGAGGCCAUCACGCCACGCCGCGCUGGAGCAAUAACUAUGCAGACAACAUAACUCUACAACAGGAACAGCAACAACAUAACCAAUAUGCAGCAAUAACCUUCUACCAACAACAUAACAUAGCUCAUCCAGGAACAACAUUCUAUAGACAAUUCACCUAUGAACAGGACAUAAUCUACCCAUCAACUAAGGACACUAUAUGCAAUACAACAAAUACCAAUACAACAAAAUAUGGGGCAGGACACUAUAUGCAGGACGCCAAUAUAACGAAAUAUGGGGCAUUGGCGUCACGAAAUAUAGGACACUCACACCACAAAAUGUCGAACAUAUUACAAAGGACGCGGCCGUAA